GUUUGAGGAAGAGGCGCGCACCUUAAUCGCUCAGUCGAGUCCUGUCUCUUGUACAUGCAUGGUGAAGUCUUGCCAAGCCAUACCUGCGCUGCAGAAACCCGCCCAACUUCUGAAUAACGGCGACAAGAAAAGAUGACCUCCAGUCGUCCAGGCAAAUGCAAAAUAUGUGGUUAAUAGCUUAAUGUGGAAGAGCAUCAGACAAUAAUUACGAUACUUAUUUAGGGUUAUGUCAAUGAACCAUUUGUUCUAGAAAGAAAAGGGUACAUUCUAAAGGACAAUGUUACUCACUAAAACGUCAUCGUUGAAAUGGAUACGCGCGUUAUUUGCUAUGUGGCUGCAUCUGACUGUGUGGGAAACGAUGGAGGCUAUCCAUCCAGACUGUGCCCUGGUCUCUCAUCACAUGAAGUCCCAGGAGAGCUGUAUCCACACACGCAGACAGGAAGGCCGGAACCGCUCUGCCAGGACAGGGUGUCGUACAGAGUGGGAUGAGAUCAGAUGCUGGUCACGGGCUGAGGUGGGCCAGAUUGUCAAUGUCUCCUGCUCAGACGUCUCCCAGCUCUUCGCCAACAAAGGCUACAUCUUCAGGAACUGUACGAAGGCUGGCUGGACAGAGCUGUACCCUACAUAUGAGGAGGCCUGUGAGUUCGCAGAUGAGUCAGAGACAGGAUCAGAGACAACAUACUUCUACACCAUCAGUCAGGUGUACACCGCUGGAUAUGCCACCUCCCUCGUCUCCCUCAUAUCAGCCAUCUUUGUCUUCACUGUGUUCAGGAAGUUCCACUGUACCAGGAACUACAUCCACAUCAACCUAUUUUCCUCAUUCAUCCUGAGAGCCAGUGCCGUUUUCAUCAAGGACGGAGUUCUGUUCGCUGAUGAGAACCUGGACCACUGCUUCAUGUCCACCAUGGCGUGUAAGUCAGCGGUGGCCUUCUUCCAGUUUAGCAUCCUGGCUAACUACUUCUGGUUGCUGGUGGAGGGCAUGUACCUCCAGACCCUUCUGGCCCUCACCUUCGUCUCACACAAGAAGUACUUCUGGUGGUACACACUCAUCGGCUGGGGUCUCCCAACUACAAUACUGUUGGUGUGGGUUCUGACACGCAACUUCUAUGAUAACCGAGGUUGCUGGGACGACACUGAUGUGGCCUUCAUCUGGUGGAUCAUCAAAGGGCCAAUAACAGCAUCACUACUGGUCAACUUCAUCAUCUUCAUCAAUGUGAUCCGUAUUCUGGUACAGAAGCUCAAAUCUCCAGGCGUGGGGGGCCACGACACUGGCCACUUCAUGAGGCUGGCUAAAUCCACUCUGUUCCUGAUCCCUCUGUUUGGGAUGCACUACAUGGUGUUUGCCUUCCUACCAGAGAACACAGGAGAGGAGGCCCGUAUCUUCAUAGAGCUGGGCCUGGGAUCCUUUCAGGGCUUUGUGGUGGCUCUGCUCUACUGUUUCCUAAAUGGAGAAGUGCAGGCAGAGCUGAAGAAGCAUCUAUGGAAGUGGCAGAUCCAGGGUUAUCUGCGCUACAGUAGGAGAAGACGUACCCUCUUCACAGAGAGCUCCACUGUCACACAGAUCUCUGUUCUGGAGAAGUCCUCCCCCAAGGAGCUGCCCUGCAUCAGCGACACACACACACUCACACACAUCGACAAACACACACUCACACACACUUCUGUCCCGAGCUGUACUGACACACAAACACUCACACACACUGACACACAAACACUCACACACAGCUCUGUCUCAAUCUGUGACGACACAAACACUCUCACACACAACACCGACUCACUCACACACAACUCAACAGUCUGAGAGAACAAAAAAUCCCGCUAUCUCUCUCUAUUCCCAAUCCUCCCUCUUCUUUUAUUCCUCCCCUCUCUCAAGGAUAGACUACACCUUGACUCUGCAGUGCCCAAAUCUCAGAUAGGCCUCUCAGUCUAGAGAGAUCUAAAUGUUGUUCCAUAGACUGAGCUGUCUGUUGUGUUGACUCACUGGCUUGGCUGUGUGGCUCCAUAGACUGAGCUGUCUGUUGUGUUGACUCACUGGCUUGGCUGUGUGGUUCCAUAGACUGAGCUGUCUGUUGUGUUGACUCACUGGCUUGGCUGUGUGGUUCCAUAGACUGAGCUGUCUGUUGUGUUGACUCACUGGCUUGGCUGUGUGGUUCCAUAGACUGAGCUGUCUGUUGUGUUGACUCACUGGCUUGGCUGUGUGGUUCCAUAGACUGAGCUGUCUGUUGUGUUGACUCACUGGCUUGGCUGUGUGGUUCCAUAGACUGAGCUGUCUGUUGUGUUGACUCACUGGCUUGGCUGUGUGGUUCCAUAGACUGAGCUGUCUGUUGUGUUGACUCACUGGCUUGGCUGUGUGGUUCCAUAGACUGAGCUGUCUGUUGUGUUGACUCACUGGCUUGGCUGUGUGGUUCCAUAGACUGAGCUGUCUGUUGUGUUGACUCACUGGCUUGGCUGUGUGGUUCCAUAGACUGAGCUGUCUGUUGUGUUGACUCACUGGCUUGGCUGUGUGGUUCCAUAGACUGAGCUGUCUGUUGUGUUGACUCACUGGCUUGGCUGUGUGGCUCCAUAGACUGAGCUGUCUGUUGUGUUGACUCACUGGCUUGGCUGUGUGGCUCCAUAGACUGAGCUGUCUGUUGUGUUGACUCACUGGCUUGGCUGUGUGGUUCCAUAGACUGAGCUGUCUGUUGUGUUGACUCACUGGCUUGGCUGUGUGGCUCCAUAGACUGAGCUGUCUGUUGUGUUGACUCACUGGCUUGGCUGUGUGGUUCCAUAGACUGAGCUGUCUGUUGUGUUGACUCACUGGCUUGGCUGUGUGGCUCCAUAGACUGAGCUGUCUGUUGUGUUGACUCACUGGCUUGGCUGUGUGGUUCCAUAGACUGAGCUGUCUGUUGUGUUGACUCACUGGCUUGGCUGUGUGGUUCCAUAGACUGAGCUGUCUGUUGUGUUGACUCACUGGCUUGGCUGUGUGGCUCCAUAGACUGAGCUGUCUGUUGUGUUGACUCACUGGCUUGGCUGUGUGGUUCCAUAGACUGAGCUGUCUGUUGUGUUGACUCACUGGCUUGGCUGUGUGGCUCCAUAGACUGAGGAAGAGUAAUACAAAAAAAAGCAAAUUAUCGCAAUGGCCACAGAUUGACCAGAUUCCCAAAUGAAGCUAACUUUAUAGUGUCUACAAUAUACUGUAUCUUCCAUAGUACAAGUAAAUACACAGCCUUGUCUGUCGGGGCUUUCUAAAUGGACUGUGCUGUGUUUGGGUGGGUUGCUGCUAUUGUUGCCAGACAUGGAAUUGCUGGCUGUGUGGUCUGGACACUAGACACUAGUGGACUCUAGUGGAUGCUAGUGGACUCCAGUGGACUGCGCUUGUGUCCAUAGUAGAAAUGGACUGGCCCCGGUGUGUUAGAAAUGCAGAGUAGUGAUAAAUUGAACAUAUUGAUUGAGAGGAAGAGGUUCAACUGACCUCUCUCCCCCAAUCAACCUGAAGGAAGAGGUUCAACUGACCUCUCUCCCCUAAUCAACCUGAAGGAAGAGGUUCAACUCACCUCUCUCCCCUAAUCAACCUGAAGGAAGAGGUUCAACUGACCUCUAUCCCCUAAUCAGCCUGAAGGAAGAGGUUCAACACACCUCUCUCCCCUAAUCAACCUGAAGGAAGAGGUUCAACUGACCUCUCUCCCCUAAUCAACCUGAAGGAAGAGGUUCAACUGAUCUCUAUCCCCUCAUCAUCUUGAAGGAAGAGGUUCAACUCACCUCUCUCCCCUCAUCAACCUGAAAGAAGAGGUUCAACUGAUCUCUCUCAUCAACCUGAAGGAAGAGGUUCAACUGACCUCUAUCCCCUCAUCAACCUGAUGGAAGAGGUUCAACUGACCUCUAUCCCCUCAUCAACCUGAAGGAAGAGCUUCAACUCACCUCUCUCCCCUAAUCAACCUGAAAGAAGAGGUUCAACUGAUCUCUCUCAUCAACCUGAAGGAAGAGGUUCAACUGACCUCUAUCCCCUCAUCAACCUGAAGGAAGAGGUUCAACUCACCUCUAUCCCCUCAUCAACCUGAAGGAAGAGGUUCAACUGAUCUCUCUCAUCAACCUGAAGGAAGAGGUUCAACUGACCUCUAUCCCCUCAUCAACCUGAAGGAAGAGGUUCAACUCACCUCUAUCCCCUCAUCAACCUGAAGGAAGAGGUUCAACUGACCUCUAUCCCCUCAUCAACCUGAAGGAAGAGGUUCAACUCACCUCUAUCCCCUCAUCAACCUGAAGGAAGAGGUUCAACUGACCUCUAUCCCCUCAUCAACCUGAAGGAAGAGGUUCAACUCACCUCUAUCCCCUCAUCAACCUGAAGGAAGAGGUUCAACUGACCUCUAUCCCCUCAUCAACCUGAAGGAAGAGGUUCAACUGACCUCUAUCCCCUCAUCAACCUGAAGGAAGAGGUUCAACUGACCUCUAUCCCCUCAUCAACCUGAAGGAAGAGGUUCAACUGACCUCUAUCCCCUCAUCAACCUGAAGGAAGAGGUUCAACUCACCUCUAUCCCCUCAUCAACCUGAAGGAAGAGGUUCAACUCACCUCUAUCCCCUCAUCAACCUGAAGGAAGAGGUUCAACUGACCUCUAUCCCCUCAUCAACCUUGAAGGAAGAGGUUCAACUCACCUCUAUCCCCUCAUCAACCUGAAGGAAGAGGUUCAACUGACCUCUAUCCCCUCAUCAACCUGAAGGAAGAGGUUCAACUGACCUCUAUCCCCUCAUCAACCUGAAGGAAGAGCUUCAACUCACCUCUAUCCCCUCAUCAACCUGAAGGAAGAGGUUCAACUGACCUCUAUCCCCUCAUCAACCUGAAGGAAGAGGUUCAACUCACCUCUAUCCCCUCAUCAACCUGAAGGAAGAGGUUCAACUGACCUCUAUCCCCUCAUCAACCUGAAGGAAGAGGUUCAACUCACCUCUAUCCCCUCAUCAACCUGAAGGAAGAGGUUCAACUGACCUCUAUCCCCUCAUCAACCUGAAGGAAGAGGUUCAACUCACCUCUCUCCCCUCAUCAACCUGAAAGAAGAGGUUCAACUGAUCUCUCUCAUCAACCUGAAGGAAGAGGUUCAACUGACCUCUAUCCCCUCAUCAACCUGAAGGAAGAGGUUCAACUCACCUCUAUCCCCUCAUCAACCUGAAGGAAGAGGUUCAACUGACCUCUAUCCCCUCAUCAACCUGAAGGAAGAGGUUCAACUCACCUCUAUCCCCUCAUCAACCUGAAGGAAGAGGUUCAACUGACCUCUAUCCCCUCAUCAACCUGAAGGAAGAGGUUCAACUCACCUCUAUCCCCUCAUCAACCUGAAGGAAGAGGUUCAACUGACCUCUAUCCCCUCAUCAACCUGAAGGAAGAGGUUCAACUCACCUCUAUCCCCUCAUCAACCUGAAGGAAGAGGUUCAACUCACCUCUAUCCCCUCAUCAACCUGAAGAGUACAGAGAAGAACAACCAUUUCUACCUUAUGGAUUGUAAUGCAACAUGUUGCACAGUGCACAAGCAUGUAUGGAGCACUACACUGUAAAGAUGAUUAUUUAUGUAGACCUUGUUUUUUGUUGUUAUUAAUUGUCUUAAAACCAGUUGAGCUGACAGCCGUUUUGUACUGUUUCUCUAUGGCUUUAGUCAUCCAUCUAGCAAGAGGGCAAUAUUUGAAUGGUGUAGUGUUGUUUCCCCCAGAAAGCUAUGACCUUUGGCUUUCACCUGGAAUUGUUUAUCUAUGUCUGAGAAAAAACAACAACUUUUCAACCCAUAUGACCUAGUACACAGUAAAAGUAUACUAAAACAAAUACAAAAAUUAUGAAAUGAUAAAAUAACAUACAGUUGGGAAUGAAUAAGCCUUUUCAUACUUUAUAAUAUGUCCAUAUAUAGUUAUAAUCUGUUUUCGGAACAUCUACCCAAAAUAUUUCACAUUCUUUAUUACUUGACCAAACAUACAGUUCCUUCGGAAAGUACUUUCUCCACAUGUUUCUACGUUACAGCCUAGUUCCAACAUGGAUGAAAUGAAACUAAAUCCUCAGCGAUCCCAUACACAAUACCCUUUAAUGACAGAGCAAAAACAGCAACAACAGGUAUCCAGACCCUUCGCUAAGAGAUUUGAAAUUGAGCUCAGGUGCAUCCUGUUUCCAUUGACCAUCCUUGAGAUGUUUCUACAACUGGAUUUGAAUCCACCUGUGGUAAAUUCAAUUCAUUGGCAUGAUUUGGAAAGGCACACGCCUAUCUAUAUAAGGUCCCACAGUUGACAGUGCAUGUCAGAGCAAAAACCAAGCCAUGAGGUCGAAGGAAUUUUCCGCAGAGCGCAGAGAUAGGAUUGUGUCAAGGCACAGAUAUGGGGAAGGGUGCCAAAAAAUGUCUGCAGCAUUGAUGGUCCCCAAGAACUCAGUGAAGUUUGGAAUUGCCAAGACUCUUCUUAGAGUCAGGGAGGUGACCAAGAACCACAUGGUCACUCUGACAGAGCUCUAGAGUUCCUCUGUGGAGAUGGGAGAACCUUCCAGAAGGACAACUAUGUCUGCAGCACUCCACCAUUCAGAGAUGGUAGAGUGGCCAAACGGAAGCCACUCCUCAGUAAAAGGCACAUGACUGCCCACUUGGAGUUUGCCAAAAGGCACUUAAAGACUCAGACCAUGAGAAACAAAAUUCUCUGCUCUGAUGAAACCAAGAUUGAACACUGACCUGAAUGUCAAGCGUCACGUCUGGAGGAAACCUGGCACCAUCCCUAUGGUGAAGCAUGGUGAUGGCAGAAUUAUGCUGUGGGGAUGUUUUUCAGUGGCAGGGACUGGGAGACUAGUCAGGAUCGAGGCAAAGAUGAACGGAGCAAAGUACAGAGAGAUCCUUUAUGAAAAUCUGCUCCAGAGCUCUCAGGACCUCAGACUAGGGAGAAAGUUGACCAAACAUGACAACAACACUAAGCACACAGCCAAGACAAGGCAGGAGUGGUAUUGGAACAAGUCUCUGAAUGUGCUUGAGUGGCCCAGCUAGUGCCCGGACUUAAACCUGAUUGAACCUAAAAAUAGCUGUUCAGCAACGCUCCCCAUCCAACCGGAUAUAUCUAGAGAGGAUCUGCAGAGAAGAAUGGGAGAAACUCCCCAAAUACAUGUGUGCCAAGCUUGUAGCGUCAUACCCAAGAAGACUUGCGGCUGUAAUCGCUGCCAAAGGUACUUCAAUAAAGUACUGAGAAAUGGUCUGAAUACUUAUAUAAAUGUAAUAUUUCAGUUUAUUUUUUAUAAAUUAGUAAAAAUGUCUAAAAACCUGUUCAUGCUUUGUCAAUAUAGGGUAUUGUGUGUAGAUUGACGUUCUUUAUCGUAGAGCUCUGUUGUAUUUAGAUCCGCCUGCUCGAGACAAAUUCAGCGAUUGCUUUGCCAUGUCUGUGCUGUGAAGCAGUCGAGCUGGAUUUGAUGUCACAUUGCAGUUAAGUGAUAUAAAUCGAUGUAAUGAUGAAACUGACCAGCAGAGGGAGGCAAAUACAAGUUUAUUCGACAGAAGGUCUGCAUUGCUGUCUUCUGACAAAACAGUGGGAAGUCAAUAAAAUAAGUAAGGUAAACAUUUACAUAUUUUUAAAAGUAAUUCUAAUGCACAAUUUCAGGGACUGUCAGUUUAAGAGGUUUUAAUGUAGAAGUGUACAUAAACAUGAAUGAAUGAUAUUAUAGAUUGUUGAUAAGAGAUUAUAGAUGAUCGCGAUAUAGAGAUGUAUAGAUUAUAGAGAUAAUAUAAAUUAUAGAGAUGAUAGAUUAUAUAGAUUAGAUUAUAGAGAUGAUCAAUUAUAGAGAUUAUAGAUUAUAGAGAUGAUAGAAAAUAUACAGAUGAUAGAUUAUAGAUAGUCUAGAUUUGUUUUUCUUUUGAAACUUUAUAGUCCCGUUUUCUUGGACAUUGCAUUUAUUUAGAGAUUUUAUUAACACCAAAGUCAGCGUAUUUAUGUCAAAACUGUUUCAUUGUGUUCUAUAUUUCUGAGCAAUCUGUACAACAUAUACCCAUUACACAUCUUAAUUAUUUAAUUUUGAACAUGUUAAUAUUUUGUAUCAUAUACACAUAUAUGUAGGUACUAGGUUUAUUUAGUUGUAUAAUAAAAUGAGUAAAUUAAUAAAAUAUAAUACAACUUGCAUUUCAAUUGAAUUAUAUCAUUUGUAUAUCAAUUUAUUGACAAAUUGCAAAAAUGUGUUGUUACAUACUUCGUGUACUAUCAAUACUUUUUAGGGGAAGGACAUUUUCAAGAGGUUGCAACUGUACAGUAUGAGUAUGUUUUCAGAUAUUUGUAUUGUAUAGUUGGGAAAAUGGACAGGUUUUGGAUUAUCUUGUCUGUUAUUUCUUGGUGUCAAUAGUUGCAUCUCUCCACAAGGGAGCACUGUAGAAUCAUAUUUUAUGGGGGCCAUUUUAGUACCUUUCCAGAAGAUAAACAAAUCAGAAGUAAAUGGGUACUGUACAUGGUUAAAGUAUUCAGUGUAUAUAUACAUGAAACACUAUAUUAAAAAGCCAUUCAUGCUUUGGAGCUUGUGACCUCCUAUGUAAAUCUGUGAUUGUGGGAAAAGGAGGUUAUGGCUCAGACGAUGACCUCUGGUACCUUUACCAUGUACUACUGGUCUGUGUUGCUCAUAUCUGCAUCUGACAUGUAAGGCAAUCAUCCCGUGUAUUCAUAUCAUGAAUUAUAUCAAUUAUAAUAUGUCAUUUUUUUGUGGAAUAUGAUGCAUACUAUGCUAAGAUAUCCUUCACUUUGAUUAAUUUGAUAUUUAAAAAAGCUGUAUACUCUAUUAUAACAUGGGCAGCAUAAUAUAAUAGUGUGCAUGCUUCUUUGUUGGGUUCAAAUUGUGACAAGAACAUGGAACUGAUCUGAACUGAACAAGACUUUUAUUGACUGUGAGACUAAGCUACUGAAAGGAUCAAUGGAUGCAGCACUUUGACUUGUAAACUGCUUUUGUGGUAUUGUGGAGUUGAGAUGGUGUAAUAUUCACAUCUGUGUGCGAAUUGUGUUCUCUCUCUUCUGAAGCUGUAAAAAACUGAAAGCUCUUUCCCCCCUAACAGGUUCCUGGCUACAACAUUACUGAACAUUUCUGAUGUGAUGCUGUUUAUUUAGAGGGCUAGCCUGGUGCCUGAUCUGUUUGUGCUGUUUUGCCAACUCCUUUCGUCAUGUCAUGUUUGGCAUGACACUGGACGUACGAGUUGGCAAAAAAGCACAAUCAGAUCUGGCACCAGGCUAAUACAGGGCUGUACUAUAAGUCCAAAUAACAAACACACAUACACAACAUCAAUGAGUCAACAAGUCCAAAACAUUUAUUGUGACUUAAAGUCAAUAAUACAAUAAUAAUGUACAAAACCUCUUUAUUACAGGGGUAGGUAACCCUGGUCCUGGAGGGCCCCAGGCACUUCAUGUUUUUGAUUUAACCAACCUGGAAGACCAGGUAUGUUGAAUUUAGGCAAUUACUGAACUGAUCAAUUAGCUCAGUUGGUCCAGCGUGGUGCCUAGAUGGAUCAAAAUCCUGCUGUACCUGCGGCUCACCAAGAACAGGGUUUCCUGCCCCUGUUUUAAUAUAUACAUCAAAACAAGAAGACAUUUAUACAGCGCAGCGGUGAAACAGAAGAUGAAAUGAAAACAUGAGUUUAAAAACAGCCUGAAGCUGUCAGCGGUCAGCUCACCAGAAUUAUGGCAAAUUA